GGCUAGCUAGUAUCAAUUGGUCAUCAGCUGGCUGCGUAUUCUUGUAUCGUUUAGCUGACAGAUAACUGCUAUAAGACUGUCAUCGCAAACUGGCUCACAGUUGUAAGGUCUAGAUUAGCAAUUUAGCACGAUAGAUAACACAUCAGUCUUUAGUUUGGGUUGAUCCAUAUUGAAUAAUGGCCUGUCCCGAGUUGCUAACGGUAGCUAGGUAUGCUAACGUCCUUCGAAAUGCUGAUGUUUUGAUUUUUUUCCUGGUGUGGUGGAAAGGGACGUGUUUAUUUUAUGACAACCUGAUAUAUUUACGAAUUGUUUUUAACCGAUAAUAAUUUAUUAUGGUUUUAACUAAUCGUUUCAGUAAUAGAUAGAUUAAUUUCAACAAGUGUCAUGACAUACAACGUUGGUUUUGGUUUCUCUUUGACGCAACAGUUCCUUAGCUCUCACUUCCGUUAUCGUGUAACAUCGGGACACAACAUCAGGAGUCUGUGUAUUGGGAAUACAACCAAUACACAGACUCACGAUGUUGUGUCCCAGAGCUGGUUAUCGUGCUGUCUUGCACACGCAGCCAAGCCCAAUGCAGAGCAGGUUAUCGUGGUGUCUUGCACACACAGCCAAGCCCAAUGCAGAGCAGGUUAUCGUGGUGACUUGCACACACAGCCAAGCCCAAUGCAGAGCAGGUUAUCGUGGUGUCUUGCACACACAGCCAAGCCCAACGCAGAGCAGGUUAUCUUGGUGUCUUGCACACACAGCCAAGCCCAAUGCAGAGCAGGUUAUCGUGGUGACUUGCACACACAGCCAAGCCCAAUGCAGAGCAGGUUAUCGUGGUGACUUGCACACACAGCCAAGCCCAAUGCAGAGCAGGUUAUCUUGGUGUCUUGCACACACAGCCAAGCCCAAUGCAGAGCAGGUUAUCGUGGUGACUUGCACACACAGCCAAGCCCAAUGCAGAGCAGGUUAUCGUGGUGUCUUGCACACACAGCCAAGCCCAAUGCAGAGCAGGUUAUCGUGGUGUCUUGCACACACAGCCAAGCCCAAUGCAGAGCAGGUUAUCGUGGUGACUUGCACACACAGCCAAGCCCAAUGCAGAGCAGGUUAUCGUGGUGUCUUGCACACACAGCCAAGCCCAACGCAGAGCAGGUUAUCGUGGUGUCUUGCACACACAGCCAAGCCCAAUGCAGAGCAGGUUAUCGUGGUGACUUGCACACACAGCCAAGCCCAAUGCAGAGCAGGUUAUCGUGGUGUCUUGCACACACAGCCAAGCCCAACGCAGAGCAGGUUAUCUUGGUGUCUUGCACACACAGCCAAGCCCAAUGCAGAGCAGGUUAUCGUGGUGACUUGCACACACAGCCAAGCCCAAUGCAGAGCAGGUUAUCGUGGUGUCUUGCACACACAGCCAAGCCCAACGCAGCUUGUUAUGGCUCAGAUAAGAAAGAGAGAGGUGUUCAACCUGCUCCUCCUAUUUAUUUUUUAUAUUUUCUCUGCAUUUUCAAACAGUGAGGUCAACUCAUCGCUAGAAUCUCAAUCCUGGAUUUGUAGCACGGUUGGCAUUCUAAAGUUUGCUGGAAAUAAAUACAUUUGUUCCCAAAUAUAUUCAAUUCUAUGUCAAAGUCAUGACUAUUGUUUUGUCUUAGUUGUGUAUAAUUGACUCCUCGG